UUAAAAAUAAAAAAUAAAAUGGAAAGGAAAACCUUGGUGAGUGUAGUGUAGCGUGUCAACAAUAAUAGCCAGAUAUUUAUGCUGAGUGGCAACACAAGCAUCGUUGUUGGAUGGUAUCUUCCCUUUCUUUCUUUCUUUAAAGGUCUUGUGAGUGAAGGAGAGUAGUGUUGUUGAGAAAUUAAACGUCUGCGGAAAGCAACAAUGUCAGGACCUGAGUGUUGCUCAAACCCACCAGUUCUGAACCCCAAUGCAGGAGCUGGCCAUGUUGAAAAACUCGCUGGUCUCAAUUCCUAUCUCUCCGGUUCCCCUAAUUCCAUUGCCAUUCUUCUCAUCUCCGACAUUUAUGGCUAUGAAGCACCAAAUUUGAGGAAUAUUGCAGACAAGGUUGCAGCUGCUGGUUAUUAUGUGGUUGUUCCUGACUUCUUCCAUGGUGAUCCAUAUAAUCCUGAGAAUGCUAGCAGGUCUAUCCCUGUUUGGUUAAAAGAUCAUGGCACGGACAAAGGAUCUGAAGCUGCAAAAUCCAUAAUUGAAGCUUUGAAAAGUAAAGGUGUGAUGGCUAUUGGGGCUGCUGGAUUUUGUUGGGGGGCUAAAGUCGUGGUUGAACUUGCAAAAUCCAGACUAAUCCAAGCUGCCGUGCUAUUACAUCCAUCGUUUGUCUCUGUGGAUGAUAUCAAGGGUGUUGAUACUCCAACUGCCGUGCUUGGAGCUGAGAUUGACAAAAUGUCUCCUCCAGAGCUUGUGAAACAGUUUGAACAAGUCCUAACUGCUAAACCUGGGGUUGAUUGUUUUGUUAAAAUAUUUCCUAAAGUUUCACACGGUUGGACUGUGAGAUUCAACCCUAAAGACGCAGAAACUGUGAAGGCUGCAGCAGAGGAAGCCCAUCAGGACAUGCUAAACUGGUUUGCUAAACAUCUUAAGUGAGAAAUUUUGUUAUGCUAAGAACAUAGGACUUCUACGUGGAUUAUUGUCAUUUUCUGCGGUGGAGGAUGUAAAACAUCUAAUCAUUCAGUGUAGUUGUAGUUUACAAGAAAAUAAGUGCUGUAUUUUUGCUUAUUGGGAAUACAUCACAUUACUGAAAGUUUUAUUGUACUGCUAUACCUCCGUUUAUAUUGCAGAAAGGGCAUUAUUGAACAAUAUAAUAUUAUUUCUUUUCUUUUAUUCUCAA